AUGGGCAAGAGUUCGGAUGCGUCAUGGGUACAUCAGGAACCAAUCACAGCUACGCGUUCCUAUGCCUCAUUUGGAUAUGGACUCAUUAAAUAUACCGGGCCGGUGGCUUCCGCCGUCUACGGAAGAGUUCCGCGAGAGUUCCAGUGUCACACAAUGCCUGAGCCAGCGAAGUCCGCGCCCGCCCCGAAGAAGGGCUCCAAGAAGGCGGUGACCAAGGCGCAGAAGAAGGACGGCAAGAAGCGCAAGCGCAGCCGCAAGGAGAGCUACUCGGUGUACGUGUACAAGGUGCUGAAGCAAGUGCACCCCGACACGGGCAUCUCCUCCAAGGCCAUGGGCAUCAUGAACUCGUUCGUGAACGACAUCUUCGAGCGCAUCGCGGGCGAGGCGUCGCGCCUGGCGCAUUACAACAAGCGCUCGACCAUCACGUCCCGGGAGAUCCAGACGGCCGUGCGCCUGCUGCUGCCCGGCGAGCUGGCCAAGCACGCCGUGUCCGAGGGCACUAAGGCCGUCACCAAGUACACCAGCUCCAAGUGAGUUCCUCUAACUCACUCCUGACCCAAA